GGUAACUCCCCAGAAGUGUGUGUCGAAGUUCCUAGACAUACAUCCUGCGGCCGCGAAACCAGUUACUGUGACCAUCCACCCUCGACCUCUGUAAGUUUUUUCUCUCUGAUAUACCAAAGACAUCAUGUGCGACGAGGACGAGUGUGCGCUUGUGUGCGACAAUGGCUCCGGCAUGGUCAAGGCCGGUUUCGCCGGAGACGACGCCCCUCGUGCCGUCUUCCCCUCCAUCGUCGGCCGUGCCCGUCACCAGGGUGUGAUGGUCGGUAUGGGUCAGAAGGACGCCUACGUAGGCGAUGAAGCCCAAGCGAAGCGUGGUAUCCUCACCCUCAAGUACCCCAUCGAGCACGGUAUCAUCACCAACUGGGACGACAUGGAGAAGAUCUGGCAUCACACUUUCUACAACGAACUCCGUGUUGCUCCUGAGGAAUCUCCCGUCCUCCUCACUGAGGCUCCCCUCAACCCCAAGGCCAACCGAGAGAAGAUGACCCAGAUCAUGUUCGAGACCUUCAGCUGCCCCGCCAUGUACGUGGCCAUCCAGGCCGUGCUGUCCCUCUACGCCUCUGGUCGUACCACUGGUAUCGUCCUCGACUCCGGUGACGGUGUGUCCCACACUGUCCCCAUCUACGAAGGUUAUGCUCUUCCUCACGCCAUUAUGCGACUCGACUUGGCCGGCCGUGACUUGACUGACUACCUGAUGAAGAUCAUGACAGAGCGUGGCUACUCCUUCACCACCACCGCUGAACGAGAAAUCGUUCGUGACGUAAAAGAAAAGCUUUGUUACGUUGCCCUUGACUUCGAGGGGGAGAUGAACGUUGCAGCUGCUUCUACUUCCUUGGACAAGUCCUAUGAGCUUCCUGACGGCCAAGUCAUCACCAUCGGCAACGAGCGAUUCCGUGCUCCAGAAUCUCUGUUCCAGCCCUCAUUCCUAGGCAUGGAAUCCGCCGGCGUCCAUGAAACUGUCUAUCAAUCAAUCAUGAAAUGUGACGUUGAUAUUAGGAAAGAUUUAUACGCCAAUACUGUGCUAUCAGGAGGUAGUACGAUGUACCCUGGUAUCGCUGAUCGUAUGCAAAAGGAGAUUACGAACCUCGCUCCAGCCACUAUCAAGAUCAAGAUCAUUGCUCCUCCCGAGCGCAAAUACUCCGUGUGGAUCGGCGGUUCCAUCUUGGCUUCCCUCUCCACCUUCCAGCAGAUGUGGGUCACGAAGGAAGAAUAUGACGAGUCCGGCCCCGGCAUCGUCCAUCGCAAAUGCUUCUAA